AUGAUUGAUGUAUGUAGGAUGAUCCGCGACGGUCAUUUUGGAUUAGAAGAGUAUUUCAAAUCUUUGUGCGACAAGAUAGAGGGUGGGAAUGACUAUUUUCUACUAGGUGCCGAUUUUGCAAGCUAUCUAGAGGCCCAGGCAGCCGCAGAUGAAGCGUUUGUGGAUGAAGAGAGAUGGACUAGAAUGAGUAUACUUAGUGCAGCUGGCUCUGGGAGAUUUAGCAGCGAUAGGACUAUCCAAGAGUAUGCCGAAGACACUUGGGGAAUUCAACCUUGCAGAUGCUCCUUUUGAUUUUAGAAUGCCCUCGCAACGUCACGUGUGGGAUUGGUUGGUUUUACAUAUAAAAUAAAAUAUUAU